AAAGCCAGCGGCCCCUGGUCAAUACGGACAAAUUACACAUUCAAUCCACAGAAAAUCAGAUAAAAACAGUGCGUCUGGAGCUCUGCAUUCUGACGAUUGUUGUAAACGUGCUGUGUGAUCAAAGGUGUCAAUGCUAUUCGAUAAGGGUGUCAAGACCCUGUCAUUUCGAAAUAGCGAGAUGCAAAAAGCAACUUACUAUGACAACUCUGGAAUAUUUAGUGGUUAUUCCUACCAAAAAUCCAAUACAUACAACUACAGCUCAAGUCAUCAAGCUUACCCACCAUCAUCGGUUGACAAUGAUUAUCAGAACUCAACGUGCCCAAUUCAAACAUCUAAUGCCAGAGCCCAAUCCCAUAAGCCCACUGAUAUAAAUGGCAGCUGUAUGAGAACAGGUGGCAGUCAAGGCACUGCCCAACAUCCAAGCAUCAGUGAGCCACAGCAACCACCUCCUUUGCCACCUUCACCCAAUGGAAACAACGCUGCAACUCAGAAACGAACCAAGUCCAUUCCAAAUUCUUCCAGCAGCCCGGCUGCCACACUUACCAAGCAAAUCUUCCCAUGGAUGAAAGAAUCUCGACAAAAUGCUAAGCAGAAAAACAGCUGCACAGUUGCAGGAGACAAUUGUGAGGAUAAAAGCCCACCAGGCCCGGCCUCUAAGAGAGUCCGUACAGCCUAUACCAGUGCACAACUGGUUGAACUGGAAAAGGAGUUCCAUUUUAAUCGUUAUCUGUGUCGUCCUCGUCGAGUUGAAAUGGCAAACUUAUUAAAUCUAACUGAACGGCAAAUAAAGAUUUGGUUCCAGAACAGAAGAAUGAAGUACAAAAAAGACCAAAAGGCAAAAGGGAUCAUGCACUCUCCAGUUGGACAGUCUCCAGACAGAAGCCCACUUUUAAAUGCUCCAAAUAAUAUUGGAUUCUCAAACCAGCUCCCCGCUGUCAACAGUUUGAAUUACGAAGCUCAUUCUCCAACAUCUUUCACCAAAUCUCAGCAGAAUAUGUAUGGCUUGGCUGCUUACACAGCACCUCUUAAUAGCUGCCUACCCCAGCAGAAGAGGUACCCAGGUACAGAGUUUGAGCAUCAUACAAUGCAGGGAAAUGGAGGCUUUGCUAACCAUAAUUUGCAAGGCAGCCCUGUGUAUGUUGGAGGGAACUUUGUUGAUUCAAUGCCAGCUUCUGGUCCUAUGUUCAACCUUAGUCAUCUUCCUCAUCCUUCAUCAGCCACUGUGGACUAUAGUUGUGCUGCACAAAUACCAGGCAGUCACCAUCAUGGACCAUGCGAUCCCCAUCCCACGUAUACAGAUCUGACUACUCAUCACACAGCUCAGGGAAGAAUUCAAGAAGCACCCAAAUUAACGCAUCUGUAACGGACUAGCACGGUCUGCCAAGCGAUGCUGCUUCGCUUUUUUAUUACCUCAUUUGUAUCAGAUAUUCUCCUGCUAUGAGACUGCCACAGUAUUUGCCCAUCACUCAUUCUCUACCCACCACAUUGCUUUUCUGUGUUUAUUUAAGGGUCUA